AUGUCACUAGACAGAGCAAAGAAGGUUAUGAACGAAAAAAAUGCACGGAUCUUGCUUGACAUGGCAAGGCAACCGGGCAACGAUGUUUGUGCCGACUGUGGUGCCAAAGCUCCACGUUGGACCUCGCAUAAUCUCGGAGUAUUCAUCUGUAUGCGAUGCGCUGGAAUACAUCGUAAACUUGGUACACACAUUUCAAAAGUCAAAUCAAUAAUGCUUGAUUUAUGGACGGCAGAGCAAAUGGAUAACAUGCGGCAGUGGGGCAAUCUUAAGGCAAAUUCUCUCUGGAAUCCUCACCCCGAAUUUCAUCCUAUUCCCGUCAACGCCAGUGACAUAGAAAUGGAGAAGUACAUACGCAAGAAAUACGAGAAAGGCGCCUUUCGUGAAGAUAACUUAACUAAAGCGAGACCACGUUCAGCUCCAAUGUCAGGUUCAUCUUCGUCCUAUGCCGGCGUCUCCAAUUCGGCGGCUUCUUUAUCAAGGAAAGAAACAGAUGGAAUUGUCACACGUAGUAAUAGUUAUGAUACUGCUUUACGGCAAUUAAGAGAAAUGGGCUUCACGGAUGAUGCCCGUAAUCGCGAGGUAUUGGCCACUACCAAUGGAGAUGUCAAAGCCGCAACAGAAAUAUUAUGUCGGUUACCGAGUAACACUGUAUCUUCCGCGCAUGGACGAACAGCAUCAGCUUCGGAUGACGAUAAAGCAAUACAACUAUGGAACAUGGGUUUUCAUGACGAAGCAAAGAAUAGAGACGCUUUACGCCGUACAGGAGGCAACGUCGAAGUAGCCGCAGCCUUGUUGGUUGAAGAACGUUCAACAGCAAAGCGUACUAUAGAACAACCAGCUUCAGCAUCUAGUCAAGCCGUUGGGUCACUUCAGCAAGAACAACAGCGAAAGCAACACAAGUUACCGCUAUCGCAAUCAUCUUCUAUUUUGGACAUGUCUCCAUCUGAACUAAUGCCUACACAAAAAACCCAAUUCACCGAUGUCAACACAUAUUCACCGAAUGCAUAUUCGUCAUUAAACGGUUCGCAAGUAAAUCAGGCUUUUGGUUAUCCGCAACCGAGUAAUACAAAUAACGGCGUUGGUGGGUUUAGCGGAUUGGAUCGGUCAAUGAGUGGCUCAACGAGUGGUCUUAAUCAGUUACCAAAUCAGACUAGUCAAACUGGCUUCCAGCAAGGGACUACCAAUUUUUCGGCGAGCGGCACGAAUGGCAUUAAUCAGCAACAGAACCAAUUUGGGCAAUUCAUGCAAGCACAGCCAAAUAACUUUAGUGGUUCAGUGAACACGGGAGGAAAUACAAAUCCAACCGGUCUACACGCUAAUGUGUUUGGCACGAACAACAAUCUGCAACGGCAGCAGUCGUUACCAGUUGGUAUGAAUUUGAACAAUCAGUCGAACUACGUGAACUCCCAGUCAUUAUUUACACCAAAUAGUUCAGCAUUUGGAUUUGGUCAGCAACCACAACAACAGUCUAAUAACACGAUAGGGAUGUUACAACAACAACAAUUACAACAACGAUCACAACAACAGCAAGCACAACAAAUGAUGCAACAACAAAUGCAGCAACAGCAGAUGCGACAACAGUCAUUACAGCAACAAAUGCAAUCAUUACAACAACAGCAAUUUCAACUUCAGCAGCAAAACAGGUUUGGUGAUGGGGUGAUGAAUAAAGGCAUUGGAAACCAACAAUCGAACCCCCUGGGUGGCAUGCCCAAUAACACGAUGAAUACUAAUCAAAAUACGGGUUGGAAUGGAAUGAACAAUUAUAGAGGGUUUUAA